AUGCGGCAGCGUGCAUCUCGACCGGUGAUGUGGUGGAGAGGAUUAAAAAGAAGCAUGGGCAUGGAUGGCUUGCACGACCAACACGCUGAGCGAAUUCUGUCGGGUCAUCUGUUCGAAUUAGCUGAACCACGCAUGAGGAAAAAUUUCUGCACUGCUCCCUAG